GGACGCAGCUGCACGGCGGAAUCGACCUCAACGGAACCGCAAUCACGAUGGACGUAGACCAGGAAAAAGAAAGCGACGCCGGCGUCGCGGACGAACUGUCCAUCAACGAUAUGCCGAACGAGAUUCUGCUGAUGAUCUUCCGGAGCCUCACCUUCCGCCAACUGGUCACAGCCUCAGCCGUGAAUCACCGCUGGAACGAGCUGGCGUUCUUCCUGUUCCAGAACCGGGUCUCGCUCCAGCUUGGCCCGUGGGCUUUCGAAGGGCAGCGGGAAUGGACUCGAACCUACACUGCGCUGUCCUUGCGGGCCACCCUGCCGAAAGGUUUGGACACUUAUGCGGUGCAACCGCUGGCGGACGGCGCACAAACUCUUGACAUCAACAUCGAUAACGCCAACGAUGGGACGUUGCUGGAAUUUCUCCGACUGUUCCGGGGCGUUGAAACGCUGCUGGUCAACAUUGACCGUAUUCGGCUGAGCAAAACAAAGAGAGCUUUUUUGCGCAAAACUCCGGGUUUUUUGCCCGCGGUUCGCCACCUGACCCUUCGCUGUCGAUACGUGCGGAUGGUCGGAUUGCUGGCGGAAGUGGCCCCGAGGUUGGUCACGCUGGAUCUGGAUUUGGUGCCCCGUUUGUUGCCCAACUUUUACGAGUGCCAGUUUGACUGUUUGCAAUCUCUGACGCUGCGUUUCAAGUUGGCCUGUGUCGUUGCCUCGUGGGAAAUUCCCGAGAAGCAGAACUUGGUGGAACGCUUGCGCCAGUUGACGAGCCUUCGGAAGCUGGGCUUGUUUGUGGAUUCUGAUAUCAACGCUUUCGAAGUGGCGUUUGCUUUACCGUUUAUUGAAGAGUUGACCCUGGGCGGAAGGUUCAAAGGCUGUCGCUUGGCAGACUUUAGAAACCUCACGCAGAUGACCAGUUUGCGCUCGUUGAGUUUGGCGUUUGAGGCGGAACGCUUUAGCAUGUAUGGAGUCUACACGAACCCACUUCCAACGGUUGAAGUAUUCAGGACCAACGAAUCGACCGAAUUUCCCUUGCCAGCAAUCAUCGGGAAAUUUCCCAACCUGAAAGUUUUGUCCAUUUCGACUGCAACUCUGAGCGAUCUCGCGGUACAAGCCAUGGUCGGUUCCACGUGGCAAAAUACGAUGGAAGACCUGUCGAUCGUGAUCGCAUCGAUCAAACCAAGCGUCGUCGCGAGCUUCGUCGCUCUUCAAAAGUUGAAGAAACUUAGCGUGUUUUGCUGCGAUGAUGCUCAGGACGGUCUCAGCGCAUUCAACGCGAUCGCCGAGAAGGAAACGAUGAAGGAGCUGCACAUUCAGCGGCUUUACGGCAUGCAGUGGUGGCCAUCUGCGGCGGAACUGGCCGAUUGCAACCCCGGCUGCGCCGUGUACAUCAACAGAGAGCCCGCCAAGUUUUACGGGCAGUGAAGGUUAUUUUUCUUAACUUCGUUUUGA